ACAAUUUCUGCAAGUUAUUAAUUUAAUUUUAACCCUUUCUCAUCUGCACGUUGUACUUGCUCCUGUAGGACCUAUACAAGAACUUUUGAUUCAAAAUGGCUAGAAGAUAUGACACUAAAACUACUAUAUUUUCGCCAGAAGGUCGUCUCUAUCAAGUUGAAUACGCUAUGGAGGCUAUAGGACAUGCUGGGACCUGCUUAGGUAUAUUAGCUAAAGAUGGCGUACUCUUAGCAGCUGAGAGAAAAAACACCAAUAAACUAUUGGACGAUGUGUUUCUCUCUGAAAAAAUAUACAGACUACACGAUAACAUGGCCUGCAGUGUGGCGGGUAUCACGUCAGAUGCUAACGUCCUUACUAACUACUUGAGACAAACUGCUCAAAAGUAUGAGCUAGUGUACAAGGAGGCCAUGCCGUGUGAACAGCUGGUGAUGCAGAUAUGUGACUUGAAACAGCAGUACACUCAAUUUGGAGGCCUCCGUCCAUUUGGUGUGUCUAUAUUAUUUAUGGGCUGGGACCCUCACUACCAUUACCAGCUGUACCAGUCUGAUCCUAGCGGUAACUAUGGAGGCUGGAAAGCAACUUGUGUCGGUAAUAACCACCAGGCUGCCAUAUCAAUGCUUAAGCAGGAGUAUAAAGAUGACAUUGAUCUUAAAGAUGGGCUGGAUCUUGCUGUCAAAGUGUUGCAUAAGACACUAGACAGUACCAAACUGAACUCUGAAAAAGUUGAGUUUGCCACACUGACAAGGAAAGAUGGCCGCACUGUUAUUGAGGUACUUCCAUCAGGAGAAGUUGAUCUGCUUAUAAAGAAGUAUCAAGAUGAAGUGGAGGCAAAGAAGAAGGAAAAGGAGAGACAAAAAGCAGCAGAAUCACAAACUAAAAUGGAGUAAUAAUCACCUCAAACUCCUACAUUAAUAAUAAAUUAAUAAUAAUUAGUUUUUAAUUGUCACAGUUUUGUUAUGUAUUUUUUUGGUUUUUCUCGGUUCACGCCCGUAAA